AUGGCUGCACGCGCCAAUGUCACUGACGACGAGCAUAUCGUCUUUCUUCUUUCCAAUGUCGCAAAGGAGUGCCAAAUCGUGAGCGUUGGAGCUGCUGCAAAACGCUUUUCUCGCCUUAACAAAAAAUACUGCGACGGUGCGGCAGCAACGGAUAAUCAUGAAAACGGUUCUGCUGAAGACACUGCCCAGUCCAAACCUGCACCAAAGACCGCCACCACCAAGAAAGCUAAUGCUAGUGGGAAAGGCGCCUUGAAAGCCGAAAAGGCGUCGAAGUCUGCCCCAGCUACUGCUCCGCUUGCUACGGGUGUUACGAAGAAACGAUCCAGCAAUAAGAAAAGCCAAUUUACGACUGCCCCCGAUGACCAACUUAUUAAGUCAGAGGAAGGACUCGAGGAUGAACCAGAGGACAUGUCAGCUUUUUUCAAUGCGGGGAUGGCCCCCUAUCUCUAA